AUGACCGAUCCACUGAUAGCAGAAGACAACGUUUCUGAUGAUUAUGAAGAUGUUAAGAAGAUUAACACGGAAAUUGCUAUGAGUGAUAGGGCUAACGAAAUUGCAGCUAGUGAAAGUGGGAUGGGUAGUUCAUUUGGUGAUAGCCAUGAUGUCAGUAAUAUUGAGCCAAGCAUUGCUAAUCCUCAACAUCAGCACGAGCAUCAGCAGCUGCAUGAGUCUGAACAUCCUCCUCAGCAUGGACUGGAUGAAGACAUUGAUCUUCAAGGUGAUAAAGAACCUGUUAAUGACUUAGUACAUGUAGCUGAGGCCAAUGAACAUGAUAAUGCUCCAGGUGAGAAUGAAGAUCCCCUGCUUGCUGAUACUGGUGACAAAGGUGAUAUUAAUGAGGCCAUUAUCAAAUCACUGUUGUUAACUGUGCAUCGGUCUUAUAUGGAAGCUGCAGCUGCCAAUUCUGGAGUACUUGAACACCAUUCACCUAACUCUACCACUCCAAAGGAACGCAAUAGUCAUUUGGAUGCCUACAAUGCAGCUCACAAACCUAUUGCAAACAUGUUUAUUCCUGGUCAUGUGUUGGCUAAACAUAACAGUCGGACUAAGUUAACUACUGAUGACAUUCAACUUAUAUUAUUUUUAAUAGUACAAGUUAAACCAUUUAAAUACGUGGGAGAUCGUUCUUUAAGUCAAACCAAAAAAUGGCUGAUAAUUCAAGAAAGAUUUGAACAAAUCAAAAAGAAGCAAUUUGGUACAAACAAAAGCGUUUUGGUUCCCACAGUAAGAACGUUACAAAGACAAUUGGCAUCAGCCGUAACUAGAGGACAAGAAAGAGUAAGUACAUCUAUGAGUGUAUCAUAUAUUGUCAAUCACACUGCCAAAAUUAUUAAAGAUCUUGAUCGUUAUUCAUCGUUGAGUGAAAUGGAAUUCGUAUUGGCAGCGUUGAAUUUAUUAAGUGAUAAAAUCAAACAUGGGGAAUAUUCGAAUGCUCCUGUUGAAUUUUCAAUGGUGCAACCUUAUAGCUCAUUGGAUACCAAUGGAUCGAUACUGAAAAGGACUACGGUACCUCCAAGCUUAUUAUCAUCAAAGAUACCAUCUUUAUCACAAUAUUCCAAAGAGGGCUCAACAGAAAUAUCAAAUGGUCAACAGACAUCAUCUCAAGUAUCGACUUUAGAUGCAGCUUCGGUAUUGGCUUCAACUGCGGUGCAAGAAGUUAUGAACUCAGUUGAGCCAGCUAAUAGGGAUGUCCCUGUUGAUAUUGUUUCACCUGAACUACAUGGUACUCAAUCCUCUGGAGUCGAUGAGAUCUCUUUAACAAAGACAUUAAAUGAUUUAAACCAUUUCAGACAUGGAGUUGAAGAUAUUCUUGUGAAGAUUUCCGAAGGAAGUGAUUUAGAGAAAUAUCUUGUAAGAGCAGUGCCAAUAAUUAAGAAUGUAUUAGCACACCUGGAAAAAUUCCGUGAUUUACACAAGAGAGAAGUUGAGAGAAUUGAAAGAGAAGCAGAGCAAGCUAUUGAAGCUGCUCGAGAAAAGCGUGAUAUUCUUCUUUUGGCAACCAAACAGACAAAACUUAAUCAAAAUCAAGUAAAUGAACAAUUUGUUAGACGGUUACUUGAUGUGAUUCCUGAAGAUCAAGAAAAGAUUCCUGAUCUUGUUGCAACUCUUGAAGAAAUCGCUAAUGUUUGUCAACAAUAA